AUGAGUCUUUGGUGUGAUAAAUAUCAACCGAAAACUUUUAAUGAACUUCACUAUCAAUUAGAACAGGCUGCAUUAUUGCAAGCCGUUGUAGCUGACGGUGAUUUUCCUCAUUUUCUAAUCUAUGGUCCUAGUGGAUCAGGUAAAAAGACUCGUAUAAAAUGUUUACUUCAUGAUCUAUAUGGUGAUGGUGCACAAUCUUUACGUAUUGAAAAUCAUGUAUAUGAAACACCAUCACGAAGAAAAGGAGAAAUAACUACAAUUGGAAGUAAUUAUCAUGUACAAGUUAAUCCAAGCGAUGCAGGUAUAUAUGAUCGUAUUGUUAUUCAAGAAUUAAUUAAAACAAUUGCACAAACAAAAGAAAUAAAUAUCAACGAACAGCGAUCAUUCAAAGUGAUUGUAAUUAUUGAAGUUGAUAAAUUAGCUCGAGAUGCUCAACGUGCUCUCCGUCGUACAAUGGAAAAAUAUAUUAGUUCAUGUCGAAUUAUACUUUGUUGUAAUUCAACAUCGCGUGUUAUACCAGCUAUUCGAAGUCGAUGUUUAGCUAUAAGAAUUGCUGCGCCAACGAUUGACGAAGUUUAUUAG